AUGCUUGAAAAGAGUAUAAAUGGAACUACACAAGUUUAUUCUACUGGUUCACGGAGUAUAAUGUCAGCUAGUUUUAUCAUCCUGUUUGGUGUACUUACAUGCUUCACAGAAUGGUCACUUGAGACAGUGGUAAAUACUACUGAGUCUCACAUCAAUUCGACUGAAUCACAAUCCACUCUGUUGCAGGCAACCCUGCAAUCAUCAGACUGUUUACGGUUGUUUGCUUCACUUUUUGGACGAUAUUAUUGGGUUGAUUUUUGCGACAGUAAUAGUUAUACUGACCCAUAUUUUAUGUAUUAUACAAAUAUGAUUUGUUCACAUCGAAGUUAUUUGACAACGAGAUACUGGAUCGUGUAUUCGCAACACGAAUUCCACGGUCAAUAUAUUAUAAUUCCACCCGGUGAAUGUAAUAAUCAUUUAAGGCAAUACGGAAUGACGUCAGUUGGGUCAGUACUGAAAUGCUCAAGAGCAAACCAAUACGACACGAACUAUUACUGUCAUAGACCACGUAGAACAUUGCUGCCGAAUAAUCAAUUUCCACAUGGCAUUCCUCCAUUCGGACCGCAACAGGUUCAAGAUCCAUUUGGAUCGACGAAUUUUCUUGGUCCACAAAAUUAAGGUAUGACAAGUGAAAUGGAUUCAACUUAGAAUAUUUAUUAUAAAAAACUUUCACUGUAAUAAAAUUUUUCUAACAAACACUACAAUAUGAAAUAAUCAAAAUAUAUUUUGCAAUUGUACUGACUUUGAUGGUGAUAUUUGUGGAAAUUAUAUAUUUACCUGGUC